AUGGGUGGUAUCAAUGUACCUACCUGUAGCAGUCCGAGCACAGUACAGGUUGGUCGUAUGAGUAGCAUUUUCCUACUGCUACUGCCACUAGUAUCAGCUAGUGAAGAGGAAACGCACGAUCGAUUCCUAGAUGGAUGCAGUUCUCAUUGCACCAAUAAAUUCGAUCAGAAUCUGUCGUGUUGGAACAAAACUGCAGAAUUUUUUGGUAAAACACUUAUGGGUGUAUUUUUACGAUAUGUUACAACACAGGCAAAUAUUUUAAUUGCAACAAAGGAACAUCACGGAAAGUUGCCAACCCCUGACGAAAUAGCAAAAAGAAGUCUCGACAGAAUGACGAAGUAUACGGAAUACUAUCAUUUUGAUAAUGAUAGUGGAAUUCUGACGACAGGAAUUAUCAGUAAAACUGUAAUGGCUUUUGUUGCUGCCUCUUUCGAAACGCUUCAAACUGGAAAACAACCAACUUUGUUGACAUGUCCGAAAGGCUGUGAAAGGCCAUCAAAUUUUUGGUUAUCAUGGAGUUUCAUAUCUUUGUCGGUUUCUGGCAUUCUAAUUGCUAUCAUAAUAAUUAAAACGUUAGAAAAAGAUCGCAUGGAUCGCAAACAUGUCUUAGCUGAAGGAACGGUCAAAAGUGAUGGGUGCAAAACGAACUGA